AUGGAGCCUUCCUGGUGGAGGGCUGGGCACAGGCAAAGCUACUAUGAAGAACAUAGAGCCCUGAGGCGUGAGCAGGCUGAUGUGUCUGUAGAACGAAAAGGCACCUAUAACGUAGGAGUGAAGGAGGACAAACAGGUCAGUCCAGAAGACACUGGAAAGACACGCAUGGAACCAGAAGUAACCAGUAACUGGGCAGAAGAAGUGGCUGUUGAGAUUACCAAGAAGCUGGAGGAAAAGGAGAAGAAGCGCUUGAAGAAGGAGAAGAAACGACUGGCUGCUCUUGCACUUGUGGCUUCAGAAAACAAAGGCACUCUUGAAGAUCAGGAAUGUGAGGAAACCAAAGAAAAACCCAAAAAGAAGAAAAAGAAAACGCCCCAGGAGGCUCCACAGGAGAACGGAAUGGAAGAUCAGUCCAGCUCUGCUCUCCCUAAACCCAAGAAAAAGAAAUCUCUGUCCAAGGAAUUGGUCAACAGUGACUUUGAAGAGCCAACUGUAAAUGCAAAAGUCCCAAAGAGGAAGAAAUCUUCCUCCAGAGAGGAACCAGAAGACCCUGAAGAGGUUGCAAACAGUGUCCCAAAGAAAAAGAAGAAGCUUUCUAAGGAGGAGCCCGUCAGCAGUGGACCUGAGGAGGCCAUCAACGAGAGCACUAAGAAAAAGAAAAAAAGAAAAAAACACCCCAGGAAGAUUAGAAUGGACAUUCCCUGGGGGAAUCCAAAGAGAAGUGAGCUCCAUUUCACAGCCUACGACUUCUCCCCGGGGACAGCCACUGGCCUGGCCUGCCAGCCCUGUUUGCACCUGACCCAGGGGAGAGGAACCUCCAAACACAAAGCUACUUGUUCACCCCUCCAGGAUGAGGCCACAAGCCUGAGGAACCGCGAGGUCCCAUGGCCGCCAACCUUCCCCCUUCAACUGUUUCCUCUGAGCGGUUAA